CGUAUGUAUGGUUUGACUGUGUGUGAAAGAAUUUGUGUGGUGUGUUCUGGAGUUUGGGAAUGUGUUUUGUGUUAUUUUUGUUUGAGCAGGUAUUUGUGAUGAUAGAUCUUGAGAAGAUCUUUCCGACGCAACAAGAAUCGCUUCAAUCGGAGCAAGAACGCGAAAGCUAUGAAGAUUCAAAGUUCAUGAGCUUGCGUUACAAUUGCGGCGGUUACAAAGUGAAGUUGUGGGGGAGGGAAUCUUUGUGCUUAUGGGGUUUCCUUGGUUAGGGACUCUCUUGGGACCUUCCCUCUCGUCCCUCUCUUUCUAUCCCAACCUUUCUCUUGCUCCUCUAAUUUCUUAACCAGAGGACAUGACAAGUAUGGGAGGCUUCAUCUGCUGUGUUGAUGGAGGCCCAACAGCUUGGGAGAGCAAGAAACAAGUGGAGCAAGCAUUGAGCUCGGUGGAGUCCGAGUACAUGGCACUCUUCCGUGCCAUAAGAGGGGUUGUGUGGCAGCGGCGUUUGCUAGCUGAAUUGGGGGAGGAGCAGCAAGGACCUACCCCACUCUACUGUGAUAGCCAGGGUGCUAUUGCAUUGGCCAAGAACCCCGUUCUUCAUGGCCUUACCAAGCACAUGAAGCAGACAAAAGGGAAGGACUAUGAUGAGGUGUUUGCUCCUGUGGGGAAAGGAACAACACUGAGGGUGCUGUUGGCGAUAGCUGCACUCCUGGGAUGGAAGAUACGGCAGAUGGACAUUGUGACUGCUUUUCUGAAUGGGAUCAUUAUGGAGGAGGUGUACAUGAAGCAGCCAGAGGGGCUGGAUGACGGGAGCGGCAGGGUCUGCAGGCUGAAGAAGGCCAUCUAUGGCCUUAAGCAGGCGCCUCGUGCAUGGUAUCACAAGUUGGAGGAGGCGCUGUUGGCUGGGGGUUUCAAGAAGAGUGAGUGUGACCCCAGCCUGUUCCUGCUGCAGGAGAAGGACGAAAUCCUCAUGCUCUUGGGACAAAUGUCAAAGUUGGGGUUCCUAUAGGGAGGGAAUCUUUGUGCUUAUGGGGUUUCCUUGGUUGGGGACUCUCUUGGGACCUUCCCUCUCAUCCCUCUCUUCCUAUCCCAACCUUUCUCUUGCUCCUCUAAUUCCUUGUGAGAUUCUUGA